AUGGAGUCUGCAACCCUAUGGAAUUGGUACUUGGAUUGGCUUUAUCAGUACAAGGAGCUCAAAUUGUAUAUCGAUGUCAGCCAAAUGGGGUUUACGGAUGAAUUCAUGGAGGUAUUGGAACCCAAGUUUCAAAACAUUUUUAAGGCCUUGGAAGAGAUUGAGGCUGGUUCGAUUGCCAAUCCGGAUGAGUGCCACAUGGUCAAGCAUUAUUGGCUUAGUAUGUCUAGUAUUGUUCCCAAUUCUUCCCAGUGUGAAUUCACUUUGAAUUUGGUUUUGGAAGAGUUGCAAAAGGAUUUGUGGGCAGUACAGAUGGAUGCAAGAGUUGCAUGUUGCACUGACACUACUCUUAGUGUGGCCGCGGGAUUGACUGCAAAGCUUGGAGUGGAGACACAUGAAAGUGUUAAGUUAGAUUUUGAGAGUGCUUUAAAUUCUUUGAUGCGAAGAGUUGAUCAACAAAGAAAUGAAAAGAAUGAAUUAAAGCAUAAAUGUGAGCAAUUAACUAGUGUGCUUCUCAAGGUCACACAAUCAUCUCAGGAAAUUCAACCAAUUGUUUCUUUAAUAGAUGCUAAGGCUCUCAAGAAGGUGGAACAAGUGGGCAUCAAAGGUCGUGUACUGGAUGAGUGGAUCACUUGA